AUGCGACUACUUUAUCUAACAUCGCUGUUGACUUACGUCAGCUCCCACUAUGUGGAUACAGUAAUCCCUGCCAAGUUAAAGAACGAAACUAGAUUUGACAGUAAACUCGAACAACAACUCAGAAUCCUGACUGUGUCCAAUCUUAUGAAUCAGGUAAAGACGUCUAUAUUCACAGCUAAUGUCAUUUAUACUUCGUUUUAAGUAUCUGUAUCACAAAACUAAAUGUAAGUGUAAUUUAGGGAUGGAAACUGUACGCAGGCUAUUGGUAUCGUAUGUUCGAAGAAGAGUUAAUGUGGAUUCCGGCAGAAAACUUCUGUCGAGAACUCGGAGCUCAUCUGGUUUCUAUAAGAGAUCUAGCCGAAAAUGACUUUGUUCACAAACUCAGAAAGAGUAAGAAGGUUACUGUAACAAUUUAAAAUCUAAUGCUCAACUUCUUAAAUUGUAACAAAAACUAGUUUAGAAAUGAGUUUCAGAAAACAAUAUUUGGACUGGACUGAACAAAGUGCAAGAUACAGAAGGAUCGUACGAAUGGAGUGAUGGUACCCCUGUCAACUACCUAAACUGGGACUCCAGUCAGCCUAAUGAGCCAGAAGUUGAUUGUGUAUAUAUGGCAUACAACCAAGAACUGAAGGGAACUUGGUUCGACUACAGUUGUCACGCAAAGCUGCCUCAGUACUUUGUUUGUAAACUAACUCUCGACUAA